AUGCAUCUUUUUUACUAAAGCUUUUAUUUUUUCCUUUCUUAUAUGUACAUUAAAAUAUUCAUACAAGGUAUCUUAUCAACCAUCUGUUAUAAAUCAAAAAACAAGGAAUUGAACAAAAAUAACAUAUUAAACGUUAAAUUUAGUAGAAUAUUAAGUAGUGAAGCAAUAGAAUCGUUCAGAGUUAAAUUUAAACUUACUAAUUUAAAAUGAGAAAGGAACAAAGCAUUUAAAAGAAAACCAUAUGUAUUAUAGCAUAAUAACCAUUUUCAAGAAGAUAAUAAAUCAAUAUUCAGUGAUACUUAUCAAGAAGAACUUAAUUAUUUUACGGAAAACUCAGAAUUGCAGAAACAAGGAUAAUUCGACAUUAAAGAUAAUUUAAAAGAAAUACCUCCUACAUUGAAACAUCAUGAUAAUAAUCGGAACAAAGAAUACUUACUCAAGAAUUUUAAAAAAUUAUACUCAAAAUUUGACUCAUCAUUUAGCCAUAUAAAUUCAAGUAAUAAAUAUAAUUCUUUUAAUAACGAAAAUUAA